AUGAACAAAGGAAUAAUAACAUUAAGCAUGAAAUCAUACAUUGACAAAUUUAAUGAUGAUUUUCCACUACUAAAACUGAAAGAAUAUGAGAAUAACUUAACAACAGAACAAAAGAAAGAUUUAACACCUCACUUUAGUGAAUAUAAUUUAAAUCCAAAUGAAGAUACACUUCUAAUGAAUAAGACUGAAUACAAAGAGAAGGUUAAGUAUAUACAAAAAUCUAUUGGAAAGCUAAACUACUUAAGAACAAGAGGUAGGCUGGAUCUGGAGUUUGCAGUUAGCAAGAUUACCAGAUUUGCAUUAUAUCCACAUGUUAAAGUAAUUAAAGCUGUUAAUAGAUUAAUUAAAUAUACUUAUGUGAAAAGAGAUCUCAAUGUAGUAAUGAAAAGAGAAAAGAAACAGCCUGAUGAGAUCACAGUAGUCACUGAUGCUUCAUUAGGAUCAGAAUAUGAUGUAAAAUCAAGAAUUGGGGGUAUAAUAUGGUUUGGAAACACAUUUAUGUUUGGGUUUUUAAAAAAAAAUCAUCAAUUGUUUGUGACUCUUCGGCAGAAUGUGAAUUAG